GAAAUUAUUAAGAAAAGAGACAUCGAAUAUAAACCAAUGUGCGAAAAUAAUGAUUAUCGAGAUUGUAAUUACAAUAGUAAUUAUUUAUCAAUGACAAAACAGAAGCACGAUAAAAUUGCAGAUGACUGCCAACGUCAAUCCAGGAAAAAUUGCAUGACAAGAAUUAUGAACAAACAAAUAGCAAAUUCUCGUUAUGGAGAAAUCUCCACAAAACGCGAGUUAUAUGAUAUAUUUCGAAAAGAAAACUGUCGAUUUCUUUAUGAAUCAAAUAGUAUCAUUAUAUCUUGUUAUUUAGAUCGACCAAAACCAGUUCUGUUGCGAAUUGUAAACUGGUUCUUCGGUGGUUGUCCAGAGGCCUCGAGACGACACCAAGAGCAGAUCGAUGAAGUCGGAAAAGAGGAAAUUUUCAAGUCUACCAACACGUGGCUCCUCUAAGCGAACCAAUUGUAUCCAUUGCAGUAAAAGCUGUCGAUAAACGUAGAAAACCGUAUCUCUGGUUUUACUUUGU